AUGAAUUUUUCCAAGCAUUUUGAUACUGCUACAUCUGUGGACACCAGUAGAAAGAUGCCUUCCUCUGUAAGCCAAAACUUGAUCUCAGGUCGGAGUUAUGGAUACAUCCCACCCAAUCCAGCAGUUUGCCCUGAUCCAUGGAGCAUUAAAGCACCUGACUUCACCCCAAAAUUGUACAGAUCUAUAGGUUUGCCGCAAAUCAAGGGACAAAAUAUUCAGCUUGUUAAAUCUAAAGAUAACCUGGAAGAUAAACCCAUCUUUAAGGAAAAGAUCAAUAAAUUGUCUACUUCAAUGUUUCCUGAACUUGAACAAAAAAGAUGUAAAACAAAGCCAUUUAUCACAUGCUACAAGCCCCCGGACUCACUAGAAUCAAAGUUGUGUUUUGUGAGAGCAGGGAAGUAUCCUCUGGGGCCAUAUAAAGAUCCAAAGCCUCAUAACUUUAGACCUUGUGCUGAAGGAAAGCCAGAUAUAAUCACUACUUUGGAAAAGGAUCCUGGGGGUUUGAUCUUUAAAUCUCAGUACCUAAUAAGAACAGUGACAGAAGGCCAACAUGAACUGAACAUUUCUCACAGAGAAAAAAUGAGCAGAAUGGACACUUUCAGACCUGCUGAUCUUAAAUGGGACCCAAGGCUGAUUCUACCAAAGGUGCCAUGGCCACCAAAAUCUGCAUCUUAUACAAGACAUCGACGCAGAAGAGGUGCAUAUAGUGCCUUAAUGGACAGAAUUGAGGAAAAGCUGAACAACUCCAGGAGAAAAUAA